UAUACACUAUAUCCGUCUGCAUCUUACCGCAGACGCGUAGUACCCGAGCAAACGAACCGAGAAGCCAGACUUUGUCAGUUGGCUCUAUCCCAGCCUCCCAGGUAGAGGUAACCAGGGUAUCCUUAACCGGUGAGGUUGAGGCCGCCGCCAUGUUCUCUCAAAAGAAACCUUACUCGGCAGUCACGGUGACGAUUGAAAGAUUGACGAGCGAGGCAGUUCCUGUGGAUGACGUUAGCGGUAUCCCGGACCUCGUCGAGGUUGUCAACCUCCAGGACACUGGGCCCACUGAGGCUGCUCGUGCCAUCAGGAAGAAGCUCAAGUACGGCAACCUGCAUCGCCAGCUCCGUGCCCUCACUCUGCUUGAUGGCCUCAUUCAAAAUGCCGGUCCUCGCUUCCAGAGGACUUUUGCGGACGAAGCCCUGCUUGAGCGUUUACGUUUCUGCGGCACGGCGGAUCUCUCCGAUCCAGAGGUGAAGAAGAAGUGCUCGGAACUCUUUCGCAGCUGGGCAGUCGAGUACAAAAACGUGCGCGGGAUGGAACGAGUUGCCAAUCUCUACAAGGAACUCCCUCGGCGGAAACAAGUUGUUACCCAGGAGCGGUCCAAGGUCAUUCAGGAGACGGCGAAUCCAUUCGGUGACGAGGAGGACGACGAGGAGAAGCCCGCGCCGGCAGGCCCGUCCAGGGGGCACACUCCUAGGUCGUCCCUGACCAGCCCACCGGUAACACAGUCAUUCAUGUCGCCACCGAGAGACAAGAAAAGGAAGGACAAGAAGAGCAAGAAAUUAAAGUCAUUCAACCUUGAAGCGGAGAAGGAGAAAAUGAAGGUCGAAAUCGCCGAAGCAACCAUGGCGGCUACCAACCUCCUGAACACGCUGCAGACGAUUAACAGAGAGAAAGAGCGGAUUUCUGAGAACCAGAGUGCACUUCAACGGUUCGAAGCAUGCAAACAACUUCGUCGGAAAAUCCUACGCUACAUUCAUCAUGUCGAGGAUGAGCAAUGGCUCGGCAGUCUCUUACACGCGAACGACGAACUAGUCACGGCCCUGAUGACCUUUGAGCAGCUGGACCGCUCAAUCGAUGCCGACAGCGAUUCGGACGAUGAGCUCGCGCAGCAGGCGCAUCUCUACCGUUUGGCCACCGAGAAAGCCAAGGGCAAGGAGACAAACUCGCCCACCAGCCCACAAUCACCCGUCCCAGAGAUGGCUAGUCUCGGCCUUGGUUCUUCGCGUCCUGCACCGCCCCCGCGUCCAUCGGCAGCUACGAAGCCUUCGAUGUUCUCUUCACGUUCAACCGCGCAAGCGCAGGCCUCUGAGGAUGAGGAUGAGGGUGCAGAUGACGAGGACGAGGCCAAUCCGUUCGCUGACCGAAAUGCUGUGCCAAGGGGUGAGUAGGAAGGCCUGGAGCAGGGAGUCGGAGCAGUGCGGUGGCUAGAGAACUGGUCAAGAGCAAGGUGGACGGGAAGAGGGAGAACCAUGUGGCGAAAAGGCGGGAGGGAUCGGAGACGUUCCGGCA